CGACACAGUUCAAAACCAAAUUUGGUAUUUAGAGCAUAUCAAACCAACUCAACCCAAAUUUUAUUAAAAUGGCAUUCAAAUUCGUCACUUUGUUCGCUGCUCUCGUAGCUGUUGCCAGCGCUGGUGUUGUCCCAGCCACCCCAUUGGCCGCCGUUGCCAAGGUCGAGGAAUACGAUCCCCAUCCCCAAUACUCGUACGGUUAUGAUGUUAAGGAUGCCAUCUCUGGUGACUCCAAGACCGCUGUUGAAACCCGUGAUGGUGGUUUCGUCCAAGGUCAAUACUCUUUGAAUGAUGCUGAUGGUUACAGACGCAUUGUUGACUACACCUCUGACCCCAUCAAUGGUUUCAACGCUGUUGUUCGUCGUGAACCCUUGGUAGCUGCUGUUGCCGCUGCUCCAGUUGUUAAGGCUGCCGUUGCUGCUCCUUUCACCUAUGCCGCUGCUGCCCCUGUAGUUAAGGCUGCCUACGCUACCGCUCCUUUCACCUAUGCUGCCCCAGCUGCCUAUGCCGCCGCUCCCGUAGUCAAGACUGUUGCCCCAGCCCACUUCGGUUAUGCUGCCCCAGCUGCUUAUGCUGCCGCUCCCGUCGUUAAGGCUGCCGUCGCUGCUGGCCCAGCUGUCGUAAAAACUAGCUUCGCAUCUCCUCUUAUCUCUUAUGCUUAUUAGAUAAAAACGGAUUGACUGUGAUUGUUAGUUGUUAUAGCUGAAUAAAGAUAUGUGAUGAAUUAAUUUUAAUUGAA